AUAGUAUCCAGUAUCCUUAAUUUGUGAAUAUGAAUAUUAUAUCAAUAGUUAUAGGCCACCCCCCAAUAAUCAAGUCCACCUAAGAACCCAAAUGAAUAAGUUGGGUUGAAAACCCCGGUCUGAAUGUUAUUACUACGUUGUAUUUCAUUGGUAAACGAUAAUGUCGAUUGAUGUUUAUCCUAUGAUAUUCAGUUGUAAUCUUACGAAAGAGGAAACGGAAAAUACUUUAGGGAGGAAUAACAUCGAACCUCACGGGGUCGUCCACGAAAACCAAGUCAAACAGCUAUUCGACGACUUGUUAACGAAACCCAGCCCGUCAGAAGUGUAUGUUGGAGCGAACAAAACCACCGUAGACACCGAUAAGAUAGUCCAACGAAUGGGUUCGUUAGAAAAACAGCUGGACAAAGCAAUCGAAAACAUCACUGUCGUCAUAUCGCGUUUAUACUUGUUGCGUAGCGUUUUGCGAACAGACUCUUCUUCGAAAUAUCAAGAUAAUCGUUCAACCUGAUGAAAUCAUUGAAUGAACAUUGUGUUUAACCGUUUGUUCAGCAAACGUUUCUUGUUUAAUUAUUGUUUUCUUUGCUGGUCCUUUAUUCGACAAAUUUAUCAACUAUAUUGACAUUUAUUAGUAUAAUAUUUAGUAUGCAACGAUAACAAUAAACACCUGCGAUGAAUAGAAAAACGUUUUAUGAAAAGCCAAUAAACACUCAAACUUCUAACUAUCGAAUGCUCGUUUUACAAAUUAUUACUCUAUGUAAAUCAGGAUUUAUUUU